UUCCUCUAUUUUAUUUAACUUUUAUGUGUUAAAUAAGUAAUAGGCCACUUUUAUACUGGUAUCCCUUUUAAAAAAUUGCCCAGCCUCUUACCUGUCGAAUUCCGGAGAGAUCGCGCCGCCGCUCUCUAAAUUCGCCGCCGCCUCCGACUGCUACGGAAGGAGCAGAUCUAGGAUCGAGGCGCUGAACAAAUUAAUUCAUCCUUUGCGCUUUCAAGAUUUUUCAAUUUUCAAUAAGAGUACCUUACUUAAAAGGCCCACUUGCUACAAGAAUGGAAUCCUAUAUAUUUAAGCAGCCAACUUGCUAUUUUUUCUCAAGCAAAAGAUGAUCCAAUGAGCGUGUCUAAAACAAGCAAAGAAUGAAAUUUCCCAAGCGGUACUUGAUUGUUAUUCUGACAUUCUUCUGUACAAAUGUUUGCUACGUUGAGCGCAUGGGCUUUUCAAUUGCUUACACUGUUGCUGCCGAUUCCAUUGGUAUCAAUCAAUCUAGCAAGGGUAUGAUACUCUCAACCUUCUACUACGGUUAUGUUAUUUCACAAAUCCCUGGUGGAUGGGCUGCGCAGAGUCUAGGUGGUCGGCGUAUCCUGCUUUUAUCAUUUCUGUUAUGGUCGUCUACAUGUGCCUUAGUUCCAUUGGACCCAAACCGAAUCAACAUAUUAGUCGUCGCUCGCCUUCUUGUUGGCAUUGCUCAAGGCUUCAUUUUCCCUUCCAUUCACACAGUUCUUGCACAAUGGGUGCCACCGCACGAGCGAUCCCGGUCCGUUUCUCUGACUACUUCAGGAAUGUAUCUAGGUGCUGCUGCUGGCAUGCUUUUACUCCCAGGUUUAGUAAAACACCAAGGUCCCCAAUCUGUAUUUCUCGUUGAAGCGGCUUUAGGCAUCACUUGGUCUAUCCUCUGGUUCAAAUUCGCCAGCGAUCCGCCGCAUUCCGACCACCUCAAGCCGACGGGGCUACCGUUAACAAAGUCCAAAGAUAAGGGGAGCUUGUUAAAUCCAUCUAAGGUCCCAUGGAAAAAAAUGAUCUUUAGCAUGCCAGUGUGGGCAAUUGUAGUGAACAACUUCACUUUUCAUUACGCAUUAUAUGUUUUGAUGAACUGGCUACCAACCUACUUCGAACUUGGCCUUCAACUAAGCCUUCAGGAAAUGGGAUCAUCAAAGAUGCUGCCUUAUCUCAACAUGUUCUUAUUUUCCAACAUAGGUGGAGUCAUAGCUGAUCGUCUUAUAACUAGAAGGAUCUUAUCUGUCGCAUGGACUCGCAAAUUCCUGAACACUAUUGGCUUUCUUAUCUCUGCACUUGCUUUAUUGAUUCUACCUCUGUUCAAAACUUCUGCUGGUACUGUGCUUUGUUCUUCGAUUUCAUUGGGUUUUUUGGCCUUAGGGAGAGCAGGAUUUGCUGUAAAUCAUUUGGAUAUAGCUCCAAGACAUGCGGGGAUUGUAAUGGGAGUUUCGAAUACUGCUGGAACUUUAGCUGGUAUAAUAGGAGUUGGACUUACAGGAAGAAUAUUGGAGAUUGCUAAGGCUACUGAUGUUGAUCUUUCUAGUCCGAAGAGCUGGAAGCCUGUGUUUUUUGUUCCAGGUUAUCUUUGCAUUUUUAGUUCUUUGAUUUUUUUGAUAUUUUCAGGAGGAGAGAGAAUCUUGGAGUAAAGAGACCGUCUUGAUGAAGAUUGCAGGUAUGUUAAAAUGAACUCUGAGUGGUGAGACUAUUUUGAAACUGCUAUCUGAAGGAGAUGACACUUCGUUGCUGAAUAUAGUUACAGUAAUCUCAUUCCAAUUUGUUUAUUUCAAAUUAUUAUCAUUGAUUUUUUGCAAUUUGUUUACAGAUUUCGUAUGUAGAAAGUUGUUUUUUUAGUAUAUUUUUAGUGAUGUAUAUUAAGAAAACCUCUUGAAGUCUAAUAAUGAUGUUUAUUCACUA